UCUGGUACCUGUAGUCACACACUUGCGCAGGUGAAUGGAUUGCAGUGGUGCGUUUUGUUCUCGUGCCUAAAGAGAUCGUCGUGUCGGUCGUUCAAGCUUCAAGCCCCCUCGCGUUAUAGCAGCCUCGUAGCCCUCUAUAUCGCAGCAGGAACGACGCAAAACUCCAAGUGCGAUCCAAGAAAAAUUGAGAUGACGACGACUGAAGACGCAGCGUUCGCUCAAGGUAUGUUCGUCACCCUCUGGCCCAAGAUAGAGCGUUGCCACAACUACGUCGAGCUACUGCUAGCCGCCCAAGAGAAGCUCCAGCAUACGGUGGACAAACUUAUCGCCGGCCUCCAAGAAGCGGAGAAGGCUGAGGGCAGCUCCCUUGUGAGCUACGCGGACCGACUUCGCAACUUUCCCGCGAGAGUCGAGAGACUACAGAAGAAGCUGGCGAGGAUCCAGGGCCGCCUCCUGGCCAUGAAGGAGUCGCCAGGAACGUCUAAGACCAAGUUCUCGGAGGAGGAGAUGGCGGUCUACGCGUCCCCAUUGUUCUAAGAGAAUGCAUUGAGAACGCUGGGAAAAUUGCGUUCGGACUACUAGCUAUGUGGACCUCAAGUUGGACCAUGAUCCACCACUAUGGCCAUCGUGAAUGCUCCACAACGUGAAAGAUACUCUGGAAAAAAACAUCUCGUCGAUACGUAUAUAUCUAAUGAAAUGGGUAUUUAUGUUAUAGCAAGCAGCCCAUGCUUGACAUUGCCGCUGUGCUACACUCCGAUCUAAAGCUCCAAAAACCUCAUCACAUCUUUUCCCGA